UAGUGAUGUAGUCGCUCUCAUAACCUGAACUUAAACGAAACCUGAAUGAUACAUUUCUAUGUAAGCCAGUGUAAGACAGGUACAAAGAGUCUAAAUUUUUUGAUGAAAAGACGAACGAUGUAAUAUAUCUUAUCUUAUCUUAUAUGUACAAUGUCAUCCGAUAUUAACUCUCAAUUCCAAGUAUACAAAGAGGAUCCUCGAAUUCCUUCAUAUGGUGUCAAAUGUUAUCAAAAAAAUCCACAGCAUCAUAGUAAAUACAAGCACCCGACCAAAAAAAGAGAAGGUAUCAUAUACGACGAGGAUAAUAAUGAAAAUUAUAGUGUGAUACCAGAAACGUUGGAUAAGGAUAUAACACAAAUAGUAACAAAUUCUAAUUGUUCACCCAAAUCAGUUGAGAAUAUAUUAAUUUCUCAUAUUGAUGUCCAGAAGAUAAUUAAGGAUCUAUUUUUGGUUGAGAUGCCGACAGAUUUCUUUCAAUUUUACGAGUUUUGUAAAAAUGUAUCCAAGGAUAAUCCUCUUUUAGCAUUGAAAUCUGUUGGCUUGAAACUUGUGGGUCCAUAUGAUGUGCUAAAUGGUAAUUUAAAAAAUUCUGAAACUGAGGAUGAAAAAUACCUGACACAUUGGAGAUAUUACUACGACCCUCCAGAAUUUCAGACCAUUAUAAAAUGCAACGACAAGGAAGGUUUACAUUUCGGUUAUUGGCGAGAUGAUGUCAUAGAAAAACCAACAUUUGUUGCAAAGAAUCAAGCAAAUGUGAAUUGCAUAUUUGAACCUGUUGCAGAAAAUAUAUUCGGUACUAUCGACAUUUAUCUGCAAAGCAAAGUGAAAUCGGCCAAUCCUUUUGAAAAGACCGCUGUUAUGCGUUUGCAUUCCCACUUGAAAAACUUUGCUAAACAGCAUAAUAUAUCUCUAGAGAAAAACACCAUGGAUAUGCGAUCAAGAGAGAAGCGAGUCGUAGCGCGAACUUUCCACCGAAUAGGCAUUGUAGUCCCUUAUGAUAAAAAGACUCAAUUGGGUUAUAGAGAUUUGGCUGCGACAGACAAUGAUUUGCAAAAACUAUUGAAGCAAAUAGAGGAGGCUGGUAAUUCAGAUGAGAGAAAGAUACCAAUAUCAAAACUCGAUGAAAUCGUAAGAUUGGCAACGAUAGCUGCAGAUGAAUGCGAUUUUGGCACUUGUUUAGAGCUGGGACACGAUCUCUUCGCAAACGGCAGUAAUCAUGUUCAAACUAGAGCUUUACAAAUGCUAUCACUUGCUUACACUCAUUUACAAAGGCUACAGCUAUUAAAAAUACUCAAAGCGCACUUAAAAAACAGAAAGAAAGGUUGCGAAUUAAGCAUAAUUUAAAAUAAACUUGUUACACAUUUUAUGUGCGAAAAAAAUUAUAUAAAUUAUUAAAAUUUUUAUAUAAAAUUUUACAACCAGUUUAGCAGUUAAAACUUAUUUAAAUCUUUGGAACAAAUAACUGUAAUGUGUACAAAGAAAUUAUAGUCAUCCAUAUUUUUAAGAAAAAUUUGUUGUGAGAUGAGACUCAAAGAGCCAGUGAAUAAUAAAAUAAGUAUGUAAUGUUGAUGGAAUUAAUGCUGAUUCGCAUAUUUAAUGAGGAGCAACAUCACAAUUGUAUUACAAAAUAAAAAAAAAAAGAAAGGAAACCUA